UUCAUUGGAGAAGCUUCCAAUGGCUUCAUUAGAAGUAACGAGUUGACACAAGGUCAUUCCAUGGUUUUCAGAUCCCCUUUAGAGCUUUAUCCCUCCCAUUUCUUCCUGCCAAACUUCGCUGAUCGCCCUUUGCUCUUGGCGAGCAGCGCUCCCACCGCCAGGUCUCCCGAAGACUUGUCAAUGUUUCAGCUACCGACCCUCAACUUCUCUCCGGAGCAAGUGGCGAGCGUCUGCGAGACGCUGGAGGAAACCGGAGAUAUCGAACGACUGGGAAGGUUCCUAUGGUCUCUGCCGGUGGCACCUGGGGCAUGCGAAGCAAUCAACAAGCAUGAGUCCAUUCUACGAGCUCGGGCAGUGGUCGCCUUCCACACGGGGAAUUUUCGAGACCUAUAUCACAUCCUGGAGAACCACAAGUUUACCAAGGACUCCCACGGCAAACUGCAGGCUAUGUGGCUAGAAGCGCACUACCAGGAGGCCGAGAAGCUGCGCGGUCGCCCCCUAGGACCGGUUGAUAAGUACAGGGUGCGGAAGAAGUUUCCCCUGCCUAGAACCAUCUGGGACGGCGAGCAGAAGACUCACUGUUUCAAAGAGCGGACACGCAGCCUCUUAAGGGAGUGGUACCUCCAGGACCCUUACCCGAAUCCAAGCAAGAAAAGGGAACUGGCACAAGCUACGGGACUCACUCCUACACAAGUGGGGAAUUGGUUUAAAAACCGGAGGCAAAGAGACAGAGCCGCGGCAGCUAAAAACAGGCUUCAGCACCAAGCAAUAGGACAGAAUGGCAUGCGAUCUCUGUCAGAAUCCGGGUGCACGCCACACAGCUCGGCCGAAUCGCCGUCGACCGCGGCCAGUCCGACUACCAGCGUUUCAAGUAUGACAGAGCGAGUCGAAACCGGCACGUCCAUUCUUUCGGUGACGUCCAGUGACUCAGAAUGCGAUGUAUGAUACAAAAAAAAAAAAGACACGUAUUUACAGGGAAUAUGGACCUGAAAAAAAAAGACUAUGAAAUAUUGGGGAAGUAAAAAAAUAAUAAUAAUAAAAAGGACCAAUUGGUAUAAUUAUUAAAAAGAGAUAAAAGCACGUCUUUUUUCAAGCGCUUUCAGUGGACCACGCCUUCCCCUGCCCCUCACUACUUGCAUGAUAUUAUUUUUUUUGUAUCUGGGGAAAAAUAAUACUCUUAAGUUCAAUAUUUUUUACAAGGAUCGCGGAGAAGAGGGAAUUGCCAGAACCUGCUCUUUAUCGCCUUUUUGAUCUCUGUUUUAGUCCAAGUGAUGAUGACGCUCAGCCGAGAUGCAAUCCUGUUUUAUUUUAUGUCCAUCAGACAAUCAUUUGAGUCGUAAGCACCUUUUUACUACACCUCUGUCACUGCCUGUGUGGGGUACUGGUCAAAUGUGGAGCCGAAUAGUUAUGACUGUAACAGAUUUUAUUUUUAUUUCGAGAUUUUAUAUUGAAUUAUGUAUAUCUUAAAUAAUGCGAUCAUUCUCCCAGUCUGUAAUAUAUGUGUAGAGAUAUGCUUGUAUAUAAUACUGCUGUCUUUCUCCAUACCCUUUUCUAUCCUUGUUCACUUUUCUUGACUUGGUGUUCCAACAUAAAAUAUUUGUCAAAACGUAAGACAAAGUGCUCUAGGUUUUUUUUUUUUUUCGUUUUGUUUGUUUGUUUGUUUGUUUUUCUACUUUAAAUGGGAUAAUGAUUCUAGACAAACAAGUGUUAUCGGUCAAUUUUAUGCAAAAGCGAUUUAAUAUAAAAUUUGGAGUAUUCUUCAUCAACAUGUUCAGACAUUUUCCGAGCUCGCUUAAGGCGCUUAUAUUAUUCAAUGUUUCUUUACUUGCGUGUUUAUGUUUAUGUAUAAAUUUCUAAAUCAAAUACAGUAUUCCAUUUUCUUAUACA